UGAAUCAUUUCUUCCGAGUCCCUUCGAUCAUAUACGCAUUUCCCCCUCCACUGUUAAAAAUUCCAGUAACAUUCCAAAACGCAAAGAGUGCAAUUAGUCACGAACCGUCUCUUCUUCUCGUACAAUUAUGAAACAUUCAAAUAGAAAUUUAGCUCAAUACCGUAAGACAGGAAGUUCGAAAUUUUACCACUUGUGCCACUUUUCUUUUUUAUUCUUAAAGAUUUCGAAAGCCCGUUUCGAAAUAACAAUGUGCAAUUGCAAUUUUUCGCGAAUCGUCAGUUUUCUCUAUAAAGGACUGGUUUUUCAGGAAGCGAAGCGAAACGACAGCUAGCGGACGUCGCACAACACCGCGGCGUUGUCUUCUCGUAGUAUGCGAUCAUUUGGCUCCUUUUUCUUUUUUCGUCAUCCGCUUAUUCCUAUCGUGGAAUGCCUCGACAAAAGAAAUUGCGUAUCGUUGAUACAACUAUCGUCAAAUUACGCGAACAUCGCUCGAAUCUGUAGGAUGGCGCCGAAUAUUCGACGCUGGAAUUGCAUAAGUUUUACGCAGCGCGCAGAAUGCACGCGGAAACGCAGGGUCGAUUAUCGAUUUUUCUGCGGCCGGAUCAGCCGGUUUGCCUUGCAACCUGUCUACACACCGUAUACGAGUCACGUGCAUUUUAUUCGCGCUGCUAGGCGCGCAUCUGUGAAAUUACUCGCUUUACGACCCCGUUGCAUGUGCUUCGCGAUCCUUGCCUCAACGUUUGUCCUGUUAACUGCGUCGGAUGUCUCAAGCAAAAUUGGUAAUUGAUUUUUAAGCGGCUGAUAACAGGCUUUGUGUAACGUGCCAUUGAUUGGACCGGAUUGAUAGGAAUGAACGAUAAGCUGCAAUCGUUUUUGGAACGAGAGCCUUUCCAUCGCUGAACAGAUUGCAGUAAUUGGAACGAUGUUUGUUUGGAGCUCAAUGGAGAUAUAGAUUAUAGUUGUUAGAUUGUGGAUUUCUGUGCAUUUAUGGGAAAUUUGAAAGUGCAAAAUUGCACAGACCGCACAUAUUAUGAAGAUAUAUAUAUAUGUGAAAUAUACAAAGUAUAGUGCUUUGUAUAAUGCUUGAUAGAUAAAGCAAUUUUUUAAUUGUAUUCUCAAAAAUAUUAAUUCGCAUUAAAAUUAAUCUUCCAAAUCUAAUAAUUAUUGUCCGAAUAUUAAGUACAUAGAGUGUUUACUGUGGUUUGUGUAAGCUAUAAGUCUUAAUUUGGAAUAAAGAUAGCGAUGUUUAAAGAUUUAUCUGAUUCAGGGAUGGAGGAUUAGAAUAACGAAGGGAAGGUCUUUGUUCGAAAAGAAAAUAUUUGAAUAGAUAUUGCAUAGUACAAUAGCUUGCAGGAUUGAAAUAUUUUUUCAUAAAGUUAGGUGCUUUGUAGUAUGUGGUUACGUUAUCGUAGAUAGAGCUAGUUUUAUCGAUGCAAAAAUAGACAUACGUCAUCCUUUUCUUUAACCUAGAAAUAGCGUGUAGAAUGAAAUAGGCAGUAAGUGGAUCAAAUAUGCAUAGAGUAUUCUUUUAUAAAAUACACAACGUUACGUUACCAUGUAAAUUUGCAAUCAUAGUUUCUAAAGGAUUAAAGUCGACGCUUCGAGUGAAAUAUUUCUACAGGCAUAGUUUACAAGGAAAAAGUAGAGGUUAAGGAAAUAAUAAAAUUGUAUUCUUCGCGUUCAGGAACCACACUGAUACAAUUCUCGAGAAUAUCAAUCGAUAUUUCGUGACGCAGAAACAUUAUAAAAAUAUUCUGUAAGUUGUGAAUUCAACUGAAAGGAAACUGCAAGAAAUUUUAUAUAAAGCGGCGUUUUCUUGUAAUUUAAAUGUUCCCGCUUCCCGACGUCAGUCAGUCUAGCCAAUAGGUAACUACACGUGACGCAAGGAACAAAGUUGGAAAGGUAGUACAACGUAUAACAUCGAUUCGUGAAGGUUGCCGUGUGAUCCAUAGAUCAUAAAGUUGCACACGUGCACGAUCGAUAGUUAAAAAACUUGUCUCGUCAAGUUCGAACGCUCUAGAGAAGAUCUUUCCUGUGGAUCAGCAAGUACAUCGAUCGCAAACACUCGAAGAAUCCUUGAUAUAAGUUAACACUUAUGUAACAAAACGUGGAGGUAAGGAGUAGAUUGGAUGAAAAGUUUGGGAAGCGGUAAAUUUAAACUCUGCACAGCUAGAGAAGAAGAAGAAGAUAGAACAAUUUGUAAAAGAAUACAUCGAAUUAAAUUCAAUUUACGAAGAGUACAAAAGGAUAUUAUUAAAACUGAAUCCUGUCUAAAAGAACUUUAAGUCGUAAUAACGAGGUUUUAAGAUUAAGUAAGAAAUUUAAAAAAAGAACCGAUAACCUAGCUCGAUGAUAUUUUCGCGGUUUAUCGUUUGAUUUACGUAUGUGGCUUUGUAUAUAUUCUUAAAAUCAACGUCACAGUAGGAUUGCUAAUAAAAAAGAUAGACAAGGCUUGAUUCAAUUGGUUCAUCGCGAUUGAUAAGUCGCUCAACGGAAAAAAAUAAUGUCGAACAUGAACAGAAGCCUUCUGAGUGUUUCGUGGAAUACGUUAAAGUUGUUGAGAACUUCGAUGAAGUCUGGUUGGAUGUGGGCAAGGUUAGCCUCCAGUCAAUGUGACGUACCCAUGGUGGUCCCUAAAGAGGAGGUGGUUAGAUUCGUAUCUGAGUGCAUGUGCAAGGCUGGAACAUCGCUCGAGGAUGGUUGUAUCGUUGGCCAUCAUUUAAUGGUCGCCGAUUACCGUGGCCAUUUUAGCCAUGGAAUGAACAGAAUGCAAAUGUACGUGCAGGAUAUUAAGGACGGAAUGACCAAUCCUACUGCGAAGCCAGAGAUCCUUACGGAUUUUCAGGCGAUAGCGUUGGUCAACGGGAACAACGGUUUGGGCCAGGUGAUCGGUAAAUUUUGCAUGGAACUGGUGAUAAAGAAGGCGAAGAAGUUCGGUAUCGGGAUGGUGUCGACUUGUGGGUCGAAUCAUUAUGGCAUCUGUGGUUACUACACUAAAAUGGCGAUCGACCAAGGUCUCGUGGGCUUCUCCUGCACCAAUACGAGUCCUCUGAUGGCACCGACCCGUAGCAAGUGUGCGGGUUUAGGCACGAAUCCGAUAUCUUUGGGAAUGGGAGCGUCGAACAACGAUGAGUUCGUGUUGGAUAUGGCCACGACAGCCGUUGCUCUGGGCAAAAUCGAGCUAGCUAUCAGGAAGAACGAAGCCAUUCCCUCAGGCUGGGCGCUUGGGUCCGAUGGGAAGGUUACCACAAACGCCGAAGAAGCGUACAAAACUUCUCUUUUAUUACCUGUUGGUGGAGAGGAACACACUAGCGGCUACAAAGGCUAUGGACUAGCUUUGAUGGUCGAGGUACUUUGCGGAAUUCUGUCUGGAAGCGAGUUUGGUCCUAAUAUCAGACAGUGGAAGACCAAAGAAAAAAUUGCUAAUCUUGGGCAGUGUUUCAUGGCCAUAAAUCCGGAAGCUUUUGGUUGUGGAUCGAAGGAGAGAUUAGGUCAGUUGUUGAAACAGUUGAGAAAUUUGGCUCCCGCCGAAGACAAACCUGUUUUGAUACCUGGAGACCUGGAGAGGGCAGCCAUGGAACGCGUGGAUAAAGAGGGUGGUAUUACGUAUCAUCCCAAUCAGAUACAGGCGUGUAAAGAGUUCGCGAAAGUUAUGGGAGUCGAGCCUCUGAAACUCAUUCCCAAGAAUGGUUAAUCAGGAAAUUAGUUUUGUUUAGUACCUGGUAGGUACCUGAUGGUUCUUAAGAAAUUACUUAUUGAGGUUGAACCUUUUUGAUGUAUUUAUAUCUAUUAACUUUUAGAUCAUUAUUUCGUAUUGUUGUUGCUAUGUGUAUAUUGAUAUUAGCAAUAGAUCUGAUAAUUACAUUGCGACUGCGAUCUAUAGUACAUAUCAUACAAUGCAUUAAUAUGUUUACUACACAUUAUUAUAUUGUGUACACUCUACGUUUGGAGAAAAGUCUCUAACCAACAAAAUACUCUUCAAUGAUGCUUUUCCACGCAAGAUCUAUGAAUGUUCUAACAGCAAUCUACUCAAAUUUUUCUAACAUACGCAUGUAAUAUACAAAGCUCAAGGAAAUGCAAUUCCUCAUAUUUUAUACGAUAUUGUAAACACGGCUUUUAUACUUAUAAAAGAAGCUACACGAAUAUACACGAUCAUCGAUGUUUUUAGUUG